AUGGAUUCAUUAAUACCAUUUACAACCUCGGGAUCUCUUGUGGAUUGUGUGGACAGAAAGAUGAUGGUGGUAUUGAGAGACGGCCGGAAGUUAAUUGGUGUCCUAAGGUCAUAUGAUCAGUUUGCGAACCUAGUUCUCGAGGAUACUGUGGAACGCAUAUACCAUGCAGAUGUCUUCGCGGAGAGGUGGCAAGGACUAUACCUCAUUCGCGGGGAGAACGUAGUUCUGCUUGGCGAAAUAGAUUUGGAUCAGGAAGACGAUGUGCCCUUGCGACAGGUUGAGUGGAAUACGCUCGAACCAUACCACAAAGAGGACAUCGCCGCAAAGAAGCACCGGGAAGAAUACAAGGCCAAUGUGCUGUACGAGCAGAGGGGCUUCUGUAAAGAGGGCGGCGAAGGUGACGGAUACUGA